GUAGGCAACGUUUUGAAGAGGCUGGCAGCUCAACUGUAACUAGACAUUCUCUGCUGUAACCAAGCAGUAGGCUACACGGAAAUUAAAACAGUUAUAGGAACAAAAUCCAACGACUGGUGGUUAAAUGUUUUCUUACAAAAGUUAAGUGUCAGGGCUUUUUGCACGCCAGAAUUUAUUAACCACCUUUGGCUUGAACAGAUUUGUCAGGGGGCAUUAAUGACACGAAUAGUACACUUUGUUCACGUCUACCUUUUUUUUAUUUCGAUUUUACACAGUAACCGAAACUGUGGUCUAUAUUUAGAAUGUUUUCGUGUCUCUUGUCCCGCAGAGAACCAAGCUGACAUAAUGAGCUAUUGAUCGUCCUGAUCCAAGCCAUCACACUGUCUAGUGCGGUGACACGUCUUACAACUAUUACAUGUAAACGACCUUUUGGAUAAUUGUAUGAUAAAUGUAUCAUAAAAUUAUGAUUAAAACAUACAGCCUAGCAUUUGUCCAUCGAUGACCAGUACACUUUGGCCUUCUUUUUUUGCUAUUAAAAUCGACUUGGCAUUUAAAUCUUCUUAAAAGUGAUUUAUGUCUAUAGCUGUACAAUAACAAUGCAAAAAUACAAUUUUGCUUGUUUGUUUUUAGCAAUAGCAUAAUUAUUGCUUACAUGUUAGGGGCCAGUUCAUGUUUAUCAUGAACUGAACUAAAUGCUGCAGCAGCUUUCUGCCAGUUCAUGUUUAUCAUGAACAGAACUAAAUGCUGCAGCAGCUUUCUGCCCUCUGGGUAUUUUCCACCUAGUAUGAAAACUGGUAUCCAAUCAACAGAGACAAAGAGGCAGGGUUCUAUUCGGUGUGUCCAAAACUGUCUUUGGACGAGAGAUCCAGUAGUGAUCACAGAGGCUGAACAUCGUAGAAAACCCUGGAGUGAAUUUUUAUCUUCAUCAGAUGGACAGAAGGCAAUGUGAGUCAUUCACUAUAUUGUUGACCAUUGUAAUGUGUACCUACAGUGAAAAUGUACAUUUGUGUUAAAUGGGGUCAUCUCUUCCGAACAGCAUCCACUGAUAUGGAGUUGAGGGUUCUGGUGAUUGGUAGCAGUGGACCAUCCCAGUUCGACCUCACCAACGCCAUAUUGGGCAGGGAGGAAUUCUCCAAGGACGUCAACAUCAUCCCAGGGAGCAGGAAGAACCACGGCAACCUGGCUGGCAGGCGCGUCGCCGUGGUCAACGCGCCUAACCUGUACAACAAAGACCUGUCUCACGCCAAGAUGAAAGAGGAGUUAAAUAGGUCCAAGUGUUUGACCGCCCCUGGGCCGCACGCCCUGCUCUUUUCCUUUGACUUGGAUGAGAUCUCCCCGAACGACAUCAAAACCUCCCUGCUGGUGGUCAAGAAGUACGGACUGGACUCCCUCAACUACAGCAUGGUGCUCUUAGCCUACGAGGGAAGUCUGGACGGAGCGGCUCUGGAAGCCUCCGUGCUGAGGCCCGACAGGCCUCUCAAAGCGCUGAUUGACCAGUGCGGGGGACGCUACCACAUCUUCAACAAGAACUGGCGCGACCGCAGCCAGGACCGAGAGCUGCUGCAGAAGAUCGAGAGGAUGCUGGCCGCCAUGGGGGGGCGCUGCUACACCAGCCGGGCCUAUCAGAAGGCGGAGGAGAAGGUGAGGAAGGAGGAGAAGAAGCUGCAGAAGAAGAGAGCCGCCGAGACGGAGGGCGCGUGGAACGAGCUGCAGCAGCAGUACGGAGGGGAGGAGCUCCAUUGGCAGAUGGACGCCUAUAACGCAAGCGUCGAGGCGGAGAUCAGGGCCAAGGCGGAGAUGGACAACGGCUGGCUUAGGACUUCGCUGGCCGUAGGGGUGGGGCUAGGCUUUGCGGCAGGGGCGGUCAUGGGGAUGGUGGUGGGGGCCGUGGAGGGGCCUGCGGGCAUUGCGGUGGGCGGAGCCGUGGGUGGAGCCGUGGGGGCAGCAGCGGGAGGAGCUGCCCAAGUGGCCGUGGAGCAUCUGGAGGACAGGGUGGGACCCCAUGCCAACCUCUUCAACUUCAACUCUGUCUUCAUCAACCGCUUCUUCCGAGCCCCCCGACUAUGACCUGUUUUUGCUGUGUAUCAUCCCCUGGUGUUGGAUCAAUAUGUACAGACUCGACAAAAUGCAUUGAACCAGUUUGUGGUAGUAUUCCUUUUGACUGAAAUCCAUCCCUAAAAUAAAAAAUGUUACGGCUAAAAACUGUAAAUUCAAUAGAGACAUGACAUAGCAUGCUCAAAUAAAUGUGUCAAAAUAAAUGUUGUCUUAAAAGCUCAUCUAUUUGCUGCCAUUGUUAUUGUUUCACUUAUGUAACAUGACAAAAACUGAAAUCCAAACCUCCGGCAGCAGUUGUACUUCACACACAGAGGGCAGGUAAGUACUGCCAAGGGCCUUUCAGGGAGGAGUCAUAACUCAGACUGCUGUUGUCUCAAAGCACAGCCUACUCUCCAACAGCACAGCGGAACACAAAUAACCUGAACCGGUUCGGCUCACAACUACCUAGAAACUUGACACAGAAACACAGACGCUGUGCGACAGACUGCCGCUGACUCAAGACAGGAACCAGGGGUCAGAUCUUCAGCAACCCGGUGACCAUCCCAUGUGGACACAGCUUCUGUAGGCCCUGUCUCUGUCACUACUGGAACCGCCAGCAUUGUGACUA